AUCAAAGCGAUGAAUAGUGUGAUUCGGUCAGCAGUGAAACAGAGAAUCGCCAGAGCUGACCUGCAGAGAGAAUCCUUGCUGUCCUCCUCGUGUCUGGAGCUCCUGAGGGAUCCUGCUACUCUUCCCUGUGGAAUCACCGACUGAUCAGAAGGAGCUGAGCUCAGCUGGAAGAUUCACCUCCAAACAUGGACACAAGACCUCAGAGCAGAGGAGAACUGUUCACAGGUGUGGAUGGAGAGGAGGAAGCUCCUGCCUCUAAAGCCCCUCUGGGUGAGGACCAUGACAGUCAGACCAGAGCUCAGAGAUCAAAGUCACUCACAUCAGACGCUGCUGGACGAGGACACAGACCUGGACCUGCUCCCAGCUGUCAGUCUCUGAAGAGUGACUGGUCUAUGGGAAAAUUUAUUGACUUCAGUGGGGGACAGGAGCAUCAGAGGAGGAGCAGGAUCUCUGAGGAGGAACCAGAAGACUCUGAACUCUGUUGUGAGUCCCUGAAGAGUGACUGGUCUAUGGGAAAAUUUGUUGACUUCAGUGGAGGACAGGAGCAUCAGAGGAGGAGCAGGUUCCUGAGUCCAGAUGAACAGAAGAAUCUGGAUGAUGAGGAAGAGUUGAAAUGUGAAGAGGAGCAGAUCAGGAGCAGUAGAGAAGCUAUCCUGCAGAUGAGAAGCUUGAAGGAGGAGGAGCUUGCUGAUGUUCCGUGGAGCAGAAGUGCUGCUGGAGUGUGUGCAGGACGACUGAAGAGGAGCCUGCAGAAGAAGUUCCACAGUGUGUCUGAGGGGGUCGCUAAAGCAGGAAACUCUGCCCCACUGAAUCAGAUCUACACAGAGCUCUACAUCACUGAGGGGGGCACAGACCAGGUCAACCAGGAGCACGAGGUCCGACAGAUCGAAACAGCAACCAGGAACCAGACCAGACCAGGAACUACCAUCAGACAAGAAGACCUCUUUAAAGCCUCACCUGAGAGAGAGGGACCCAUCAGGAGCCUGCUGACGAAGGGCGUGGCUGGCAUUGGGAAGACCCUCCUGACACAGAAGCUGACUCUGGACUGGGCUGAAGACAAAGCCCACCAGAACUUCCAGCUCAUGUUUCCUUUCACAUUCAGAGAGGUGAACCUGCUGAAAGAGAAGAAACUGAGUUUGGUGGAACUCGUUCAUCUCUUCUUUCCUGAAACCAAAGACUCAGGACUCAGCAGCUUUGAAGGAGUCCAGGUUUUGUUCAUCUUGGACGGUCUGGACGAGUGUCGACUCCCUCUGGACUUCAACAGUCGGGUCCUGACAAAGGCUACAGAGUCCACCUCAGUAGACGUCCUGCUGACCAACCUCAUCAGGGGGAAGCUGCUUCCCUCAGCUCAGCUCUGGAUCACCACACGACCUGCUGCAGCCAAUCAGAUCCCUCCUGAGUGUGUGGACAUGGUGACAGAGGUCAGAGGGUUCACUGACCUCCAGAAGGAGGAGUACUUCAGGAAGAGGUUCAGAGAUGAGGAGCAGACCACCAUCAUCUCUCAUGUCAGGAGCUCACGAAGCCUCUACAUCAUGUGUCACAUCCCCAUCUUCUGCUGGAUCACUGCCACAGUUUUGGAGGACAUGUUGAAGAGCAGAGAGACCAGAGAGCUGCCCAAGACCCUCACUGAGAUGUACAUUCACUUCCUGGUGGUUCAGGCCAAAGUCAAGAAGCUCAAGUACCAUGGAAGAGCUGGGACAGACACAGUUUGGGAUCCUGAGAGCAGGAAGAUGAUUGAGUCUCUGGGAAAACUAGCUUUUGAGCAGCUGCAGAGGGGAAACUUGAUCUUCUAUGAAUUGGACCUCACAGAGUGUGGCAUCGACAUCACAGCAGCUGCAGUUUACUCAGGAGUCUUCACACAGAUCUUCAGAGAGGAGAGAGGACUGUACCAGGACAAGGUCUACUGCUUCAUCCACCUGACUCUUCAGGAGUUUCUGGCUGCUCUUCAUGUGCACCUGAAGUUCUUCAACUCUGGAGUCAACCUGCUCCAUUCACAGCAACCAAACAAACUGUCAAAAAUCUUUGGACGUCAUAUAAAACCAUUUUACCAGAGAGCAAUAAAUGAAGCUGUAGAAAGUCCAAAUGGACAUCUGGACUUGUUCCUGCGCUUCCUUCUGGGUCUUUCUCUGCAGACCAACCAGAGUCUCCUUCCAGGUUUGUUGACACAGACAGGAAGUAGCUCCUGGACCCAUCAGGACACAGCAAAGCUCAUCAAGAAGAAGAUAAGGGAGAAAGUGUCUCCAGAGAGAAUCAUCAAUCUGUUCCACUGUCUAAGUGAAGUGAAGGACACUUCUCUAGUGGAGGAGGUCCAACAGCAGCUGAGAUCAGGAGCUCUAUCCACAGAUCAACUGUCUCCUGCUCAAUGGUCCACCCUGGCCUUCAUUUUACUGUCUGCAGAGGAAGAUCUGGACGUGUUUGACCUGAGGAAAUAUGCGGCUUCAGAGGAGGCUCUUGAGAGGCUGCUGCCGGUGGUGCAAGCUUCAAAGAAAGUUCUACUCAACUUCUGUGGACUGUCAGAGAGAAGUGGUUCCCUUCUGUCCUCAGUCCUCAGCUCUCCGUCCUCUAGUCUGACACAACUGGACCUGAGCAACAACAGGCACCUUCAGGAUGCAGGAGUGGAGCUGCUGUGUGCUGGGCUGAAGAGUCCACGCUGUCACCUGGAGACUCUCAGACUCAGCUUCUGUGGACUGUCAGAGAGAAGUGGUUCCCUUCUGUCCUCAGUCCUCAGCUCUCCGUCCUCUAGUCUGACACAACUGGACCUGAGCGACAACUAUUACCUUCAGGAUCCAGGAGUGGAGCUGCUGUCUGCUGGACUGACGAGUCCACGCUGUCACCUGGAGACUCUCAGGCUGAGCUGCUGUGGACUGUCAGAGAGAAGUGGUUCCCUUCUGUCCUCAGUCCUCAGCUCUCCGUCCUCUAGUCUGACACAACUGGACUUGAGUGAGAACUACGACCUGAGGGAUCCAGGAGUGGAGCUGCUGUCUGCUGGACUGAAGAGUCCAAACUGUCACCUGGAGACUCUCAGGCUGAGACGGUGUAGGAUCUCAGAGAGAGGCUGUGCCUCUCUGGCCUCAGCUCUGACCUCUAACCCCUCCCACCUGAGAGAGCUGGACCUGAGCCGCAAUCAUCCAGGAGGACCAGGACUGGAGCUGCUGUCUGCUGGACUGGAGAGUCCAGACUGGAGGCUGCAGACUCUCAGGCUCGACGACUGUGGACCAGAGUGGUUAAAGAAGCCGAAAGCCUUGUUCCUGGAUCCUGAGCUUCUCUGAUGCUGCUGAAGAGAAAGCAUGUCACCAUCAGGAGCUCACAAGUCUCUCACAGUGCUUGAUGAACUUUGACCUUCUUCUCUUUCAUUUGUCAAGACUGACUCCGAGUCUCAGCAGACACUCUGGUCAUCAUGAAGAGAUCUGAACAUUUUUCUCUACUUUUUUGGCGUCUUUCAUGACUUGAACCCCGAUACGAUGGGGUUCAACAGAUCCAAGAGGAAUAUCAUAACAAUGACGUUACAAUUUUAGAAGAAGAAACAAAACUUCAGUCUAAUAACUACAAGCAGACGUGUGAAUGGUACAAUACAACCAUCACAUUCUACAUUGCCUUGUCUUUCUGUCUGUCUGUCUGACAACAUCCUGCUAUUUGGAGCAGGGAGCUGUGCUUCUGCAUCAUCUAUCAUCUUCCCUGCCAGGAAGUGCUCCACAUCUCUCAUUGCUGUGUGAAACAAAUUAGAAAUGAGGAACUUUGCACAAUCUAUUGAAGGUCUGGUACCACAAACCUGUUGCAUCCAGAGUCCAUUCCUUCUUCCAAGGUUCCAGCAUCAUCACGGAACUUGAUAAACCAGUGUGAUAUUUCAGAGGAGGUCGAGCAUCUGAACACACUAACUGCUCCAUCUCAAAUAUUUGGACAUGUGACAGUGAUCCUGCUCACGGUUUCGUUGUCAAAGGCAGAUGCUAAUUCCUGGAUGAUGUCUGCAGCAAAAAUACUGGUGUCCCUAUAACUCUUGUUCACAAAAACAUUAAA